CUCUCGUCCCUCUCGUCCCUCCCGCGUUUCACGCCUUGCAUUGUGUCGAGCGCAGACGAACCAAGAUGGAAUCGGAUCGGCACCUCGGCCCCAUCACGUGGCCGGCCUGGCUCUACGUGCUCGUCUUCUACGUCCUUCCCAUGACCCUCGACCUGGUGAUCUACGCCGGCGACCUCGUGACCGACCUCCGCGUGGCCCACCUCCACUACCUCAACGACAGCCCCAGCUGGGGAUUCUGGACCGUCUUCUUCGUCUUCCUCCCCGCCAUCCUCUGCUUCGUCGUCUGCGUCUACCGACUCUUCUCCAAGCACUCGGAUGAAGUCCCCUAUGUCUUGAAAUGGAUGGCGAUUUACAUCGUCUGCGUCUUCUUCUUCCCUCUCUAUCCCAUCUUCAGGUACCUGCGCGUCCUGCCCUACGCGCUGAUGGCGAUGUGCAGCGACCGGAACCGCGAGGAGAACCUGCUCCAGUGCAAGGAGCCGAGCCAGGCGAAGACCUUCCGCUUCCUGGAGGCCUUCCUGGAGUCGACGCCGCAGUUCAUCCUCCAGGCCAUCAUCCUCCUCAAGAGCAAGGAAUCCAAUCUUAUCUUGGAGACGACCCAGCUGCAGGCGAUGAUCUUCUCCCUGCUCUCCAUCGCGAUGACGGUGAUCACGUACGAGCAGGACGCGAAGGAGGAGGGGCGGGCCCUCACCAAGCACAAGGUCCUUCCCCAGGAAAAGAAGCGGAAGGAUCCUUGGCAGUCCGAGACACCCGAGGAGCACGAGGAACGGGAAGUCGUCGCCGAGGAGGCUCGAGUGAACCUGCUCGAGAAGGUGCUGCGGUUCAUCGCUUGGCUGCUGCUGCUGACCGGGAGACUCUUCGCCCUGGCCCUCUUCGCGUCCAUCUUCUACUAUUACUUCUUCGUCCUCGCUGCCGUCCACAUGAUUGCCGUGACGGUUUACCUGGUGCUGAAGACACCAGUGGACUUGGACUUCAAGACGAUCAUCAUCUUCAUCUUCUUCAGCUUCAUCUCGCUAUGCUGA